GAACUUGUUCUUUGUGAGGUAAAUUCAGAUCGGAUAGAUCAGACGAUAUGUAGGUAUAUAUAUUUGUGCUUGUCGCAACACCUUGACCAAAGUUAUAAAACAGGGACUGAAAUCAGGCAAUGAAGUGCGAUGACUCUUUUUCGCCUUCCACGAGAUGCGCAAGCAGGCACACAAAACAUAGGCCACGACUUGACUUCUGGUGCCUCUUCCUUCGAUAGGCACCAGAGGCCAUGGCUCGAGCAGGAAUCUGCUCCAGGACUGGCUCCUCUGCCUGUUCUUAUACGCCCUCUGCCUGCUCUCGUGAUGCUUCUGCCUGCUGCCGAUUAUCUCUGCCUGCUGUUGGCUACCUUUGCCUGUCGCGGACUACGUCUGCAUGUCGCUGCCUUGUGCUUGUCCGUGAGAGAGAGUCACCGUGCACUGCUUUCAUCGGAUAGAGAGGGGGCAUACACGCACAGUUGCCAUAUAUUCACAACGAUCAAGUUGAGUUUCAUCGUCAAAGCAAAUAAUGCCAUUUAUCCCAGAACCACGCAUCCACGCCGGCCUCGGCCAGAUAUGACACCAAGACCUCGUCGAGCCAGAGUUCCCUCGAUCACAAUUUUUGUGCGAUACAUCCUAGGAGACUAAAGAGUCCGGGGCGGGCUGGAGUUUCAUGUUCAUGUCGAGUUCGUUCUUCUGCGAGCUGGGUUAAGAACAGCAACGCUUCUAUACGUGAUCAAUGAUAUUC